CAUUUUAUUACAAUUUAUUCAAAAGAGGCCAUAUGUAAAAUGUUUACAUGACUGACAGGAUGGAUUGGAUAAAACACGCGAUUAUUUUCCAGGUCUAUUCGUUUAUUUUAUCAUGUAUAUCUGCAGCACAAAAUAAAGUAAAUGAGUUUUUAAAUAAAAGUUAGUCAUGUGAAUUUUAUUUUUUUCAAAGAUGUGUUGGGUGCUUUGUGAAUGAAUCAAAGCUUAGCAGAGCUGCCUGAAAAACCCACGCUAGCGGAUUAGAACGGAAAUCUUCUGCAGAUCCGCAUUCCAGACAAGUACUUUUUUUUCUCAAUAUUUUCAGAAAGUGACCUUUACUUUCCUGUUGACCAAUCUUAAAACGAAGCCUUCACCAAAUCGAUAUAGCCUACAUUCUUCUCUUUUCCUGUCAGCUGAUUUCACAUGAUUUAAAUCUCAAAAUAUCCUUAUCCUUUGAUUUCAGUUACAUUAGGAAUCAUAUUUUGGAACCAGUCCUAAUGAGCGUCAUCCAAGAAUCGAAUUAAGAUAACAGAGAAAAGAACAGUGUGAAACAGUGUCACAUAGAAUGCAGAAUGAAAUAAUGUAAUUGAAUGAAACAAUGUUUAUCACAGUCUACAAAUACAGAAUGCAGAAUUACGUGUUUUCUGUAUUAAAUAGCUUUUGUUUAUUAAAAUACUUUUGAAUGAUCAUUUAAAUAAUGUGUGUACUUAACCUGAAAUUACAUUUUAUAUAAAACAUUAUAUUUAAUCUCAGUUCAGAGGCAAAAGCCUUUAAAUAGCCUACUAUUUGAAGUUUUCUACUAAAAUUAGCACUUUUCUCAGGCUCCAUGUGGUAAUUUCACUACACUACCAUUAAAGUGAAAUAACUGAGCAUAAACAUUAUAGAAAAAAAAUUCAGAUGCACUUAGAGGCUUUUGCAUCAAAACCCUAUUAGUCAUUUUUUAACCUUUACUCUUAAAAAUAAAGGUUCUUUUUGGAAUUGAUGGUUUCAUGUGAAACUAGGUAAAUGUUCUUUAAAUUAUAAUGCACUCCUCAGAAUGUUCUUCACAGUAAGAAAAACUAUUCAAUGAAAGGUUAUUUGGGGAACCAAAAAAAAAAGAAGAUUAUUCUAAGGCUGCUGCAAACCCCCUUUUUGAUCUUUUAUUUUUAUAAACUAUCAUGCAUAAACUAUUAUAUAUGGGGCAUUAAGACAAACUUUCGUGUAAUAUUAAAUAACUGAAUAUACAAAUGAUAACUUAAAAAGUCUACAGUUAGCCUAAUUAAUAAUUUAACUCAGUAGAAAGUGUCCUUUUAGUUAAAUUAGGUAAACAUUACAUUUGUGCGAGAGAGAGAGAGAGAGAGAGAGAGAGCGCACAGCCAGCUCUGACGUUGAAUGACUCAUGCCAGGAAUGCUCAUUAAAUCGAGAAAAAUGCUGGGAGAAGGGGCGUGACUUGUUCUUCAAAGCUCCUGUCACCCAGAGGGGCUCCAGAUUCCAGCUCAGGUGUUACAGAGCAACACGCGCCGCCCCACGAGACGCGCUCAGAGCAACACGCGCGCACAGCGGGCCGGGGACAGAAGUGACUCUGACAGACGCUUGUGUGAAGUUACACACCAAUGGCGUUGUCGCGCGAGAGUCGUGUCCUAUUUCAGCUGAACAGUUUCUGUUUGUCACUGGAGCAGAUCACCUUCGCUCAGCGUUUGCGCACCUGGCCAACCCACGCCAAUGAAAUCGUGCUCCUACACGCAGUCUGAAAGGCUCUGGAGCGGAUUCAGGUUCCCGUGCCUAUUGUGGAUUAAAACGCCUUGCGGGGUUUGAUACAUGCAAUUUGUGACUUUUUUUCUUCUUUUCUUCUUCUUUUCCUGGAUUGAUGACUAUUAUGGAGCUGCCCGGGAGAUGUGUGUUGUUCGCAGCGUUCCUGAUGAGCGUUCCUCACCCCGUGCGUUCAGGAUGUGAGAAUCGGGUGUGUAAUCCACGCAUGGGGAACCUGGCAGUCGGGCGUCCUGUACAGACGAUUUCCCAGUGUGGCUCGUCCUCACCAGAACACUACUGUAGGCCUGUCUACAAAAUGAACAGAUGUGUGUUUGAUUGUGAGGUGUGUGAUGCUUCAGUACUGCACCGCGCACACCCGCCUGCGUCCAUGACAGACUCACCCUUCAAACACCCACCGACCUGGUGGCAGUCCGCUCAGGGUGUUUCCAUUGAAACUCUGAAGGUGGAUCUGGAGGUGGAAUUUUACUUCUCCCACCUAAUUAUCAUAUUUCGGUCACCACGCCCUGCUGCCAUGGUGAUAGAGCGCUCGCAGGACUUUGGACGCACAUGGAGUGCUCUGAUGCUGUAUGCACACAACUGCAGUGAAGUGUUCGACCUGGAGGAUGGACAGAGCUGCACUCAGAAAUACUCCACAGCAGAGCCUUGCAGCAAUGGAGAGGUCAUUUACCGUGCACUGUCACCCUGGGACAAACUGGAUCCGUACAGUACUGAUGCCCGAGUCCUCCUUGGUAUCACUAACAUACGGAUACGUCUGCUUCAGCCGCAGUCCUGCUCCUGUCAGCAAAAACUCCCUGAUGCCAACAUGCCCAUUGCCCACUAUGCCAUCUAUGACCUCAUUUUAAAGGGAGGCUGUUUGUGCCAUGGACAUGCAGACCAGUGUGUGCCUGCUGGUGAUCAACAGAUUACACACACUCCUGUUAAACACAUGGUGCACGGUAAAUGUGUGUGUCGGCAUCACACGACUGGGGAUCAUUGUGAACGGUGUGAUCGCCUCUACAACGACCGGCCUUGGCAAGCAGCUAACGGGUUAACUGGAGAAGCUCACCAGUGUGUUAAGUGUAAGUGUAACGGCCACGCAGAGAGCUGUCACUUUGAUGAAACCGUAUGGCUACGCUCGGGUCAGCGGAGUGGAGGUGUGUGUGACUGCCUUCACAACACCAGCGGCCGUCACUGCCAACACUGCCAGAGAGGUUUCUACAGAGACCCAGAGAGACCCUCGACUGCCCCGGAUUCCUGCAGACCUUGCGUGUGUAACCGUGCUGGUUCCACAGACUGUAACCCUGAUAAUGGAGACUGCGUCUGUAAGCCGGGGGUGGCUGGACCAUACUGUGACCAGUGCAUGCUGGGAUACUGGGGUUUUGAUGAAUAUGGAUGCAAGCCCUGCCAGUGUGCUGGUGACUGUGACUCUUACACAGGAGACUGCAUUAUUAGGUCUCUAGAAUCAGAUCACAACAGUACGGCAGAAAAUCAUCUGUUUCGAACAGAAGAGCUUUUCUCUGCCCUUAGUCAUCCAGACAAAUGUGUGUGCAAACAGCAAGUUCUUGGAAACAGCAAAAUAUUCUGCAAUGCAAAAUAUGUUUAUGCAGUGAAGGUGAGAGUGUUGGCUGCUCAUGAUAAGGGCUCUCACGCUGAGGUGGAUGUUAAGGUUCUUAAGGUGUUGUGGGAUAACUCGCGCCUCAGGCUCUCUCGUGGAAAUCAGAUUCUCUAUCCCGAGUCGUGGACUUCACGAGGCUGCACAUGCCCUGUACUUUUCCCAGGGUUGGAAUAUCUUGUUGUUGGACAUGAGGAUGUGAAAAAAGGGCGUCCUAUGGUUAACAUGAAGAGUAUAGUGAAGCCGUGGAGCCCCAGCUUGAGCCGAAAAGUUCAUCAGCUUCUGAAAACCAAAUGUAGCUGAGAGACACUGAGAGCACACGUCAACUUCGCCUUUAUUUGUUUAUGUUCAUUCUUCAUGCUCCGAAUCAUACUAAUGCUUUAAAACAGUGGUUCUCAACCGUUUUGACUCUCCUAUCAAGUUGAUAUGCACCUCUGGUACUUCUGUUAAUAAUACAUGAACUUUUCAUGACUGUUCAGUUUUGUAAGUGGGAUUGUGUCUGUUUUAUUUGGGAUUAUGUGAAUAUAAUUAGAUUAAUAUGAUAUUAAAAUUAUAUGAUAGAAUUUUUGGUUGAGAGCCACUGCUUUAAGACCAGUUGUGUGGAUGUACUUGCUAGCUGUCAGAUGAAUACUAGGACUGUACAGAAUGUAUAAUAUAUAUGUAUGUAUGUAUGUGUAUAUAUAAAAUAAUAUAUGUAGUUUUUUAUAUCAUAACUAACCAUGUAAAUAGCAUGCAUUUUGUACACAUAAAAAUACAAUGCUCAUAUGCAAUACAAUGCAAUUUAACUUUCCCAUGGUUAUGUCACAGUUUUAAGUUUAUGGCAUUAAUAUUUAAAAAAUAAAUUUUAUACCAACCAAGA